GUUCGGUGCGGGGAUGGAGGCCGGACUAAGUGCUCGGCCCGCCCUCCAACUUGGCUGCGGGAGGGCGCCGGGUUUCUCCCUCUGUCCUUGCGAGUUGGUUCACCUGUUGUUCUGCGCGGCCUCCGCUGCCAUGUCUGUUGUGAUUCUGCACUUGGAUUUCGGAAAACUUUGUGCCGGAUUGCGUGGACAUCCCCCACCCCUUCCAGACUCCUAGCGGAAAGAUUUGGAAAAAAAAAAAAGAAAAGAAAAAAGGAAGAAAAAGAGAAACGCGUCAGGGGAGAAGAAUAAUAUUCUGUGUGUUAGUGCCUGCCGGUUUGUUACGUCAGAUUUAUGAAAAUAUGCCUCGGUUUGAUACUGUCUUGGAAUUCAUGAGAUGGAAGCAUAGGUCAAAGCUGUUUGGAGAAAAUUGGAACUACGGUUUUAUCUAACCAUAUCCCUGAGGAAUCUGAAGAAAACAGCUUGUGAAAGUCAUCGUCUAGCGAUUUGUUCUUCUGUAAGGAAAUCUCAUUCAGUAAAGGCAUUUAAAUUAGUGAAAUAGUAGGACCAGUAAAUCAAAGUGGCAGUGUACAGGAUACGUGGACAUUGAACAAUGACUCAGCUUUAUACUUACAUCAGAUUAUUGGGAGCCUGUCUUUCCAUCAUUUCUCAUGUUCAAGGGCAGAAUCUAGACAGUAUGCUCCAUGGUACUGGUGUGAAAUCAGAUUUGGACCAGAAGAAGCCAGACAAUGGAGUGACGUUAGCACCAGAGGAUACCUUGCCUUUCUUAAAGUGCUAUUGCUCAGGACACUGCCCAGAUGAUGCCAUUAAUAACACGUGCAUAACUAAUGGGCAUUGCUUUGCCAUUAUAGAAGAAGAUGAUCAGGGAGAAACCACAUUAGCUUCUGGGUGUAUGAAGUAUGAAGGCUCUGAUUUUCAGUGCAAGGAUUCACCAAAAGCCCAGCUACGCAGGACAAUAGAAUGUUGUCGGACCAAUUUAUGCAACCAAUAUUUGCAACCUACACUGCCUCCUGUGGUUAUAGGUCCAUUUUUUGAUGGCAGCAUUCGAUGGCUGGUUGUGCUCAUUUCCAUGGCUGUCUGUAUAGUCGCAAUGAUCAUCUUCUCCAGCUGCUUUUGUUACAAACAUUACUGUAAGAGCAUCUCAAGCAGAGGCCGUUACAACCGUGAUCUGGAACAGGAUGAAGCAUUUAUUCCAGUAGGAGAAUCCUUGAAAGACCUGAUUGACCAGUCACAAAGCUCUGGUAGUGGAUCUGGACUACCUUUAUUGGUUCAGCGAACUAUUGCCAAACAGAUUCAGAUGGUUCGGCAGGUUGGUAAAGGCCGAUAUGGAGAAGUGUGGAUGGGUAAAUGGCGUGGCGAGAAAGUGGCAGUCAAAGUGUUUUUUACCACUGAAGAAGCUAGCUGGUUUAGAGAAACGGAAAUCUACCAGACGGUGUUAAUGCGUCAUGAAAAUAUACUUGGUUUUAUAGCUGCAGACAUUAAAGGCACUGGCUCCUGGACUCAGCUGUAUUUGAUUACUGAUUACCACGAAAAUGGAUCUCUCUAUGACUUCCUGAAAUGUGCCACACUAGACACCAGAGCCCUACUCAAGUUAGCUUACUCUGCUGCCUGUGGUCUCUGCCACCUCCACACAGAAAUUUACGGUACCCAAGGAAAGCCUGCAAUUGCUCAUCGAGACCUGAAGAGCAAAAACAUCCUUAUUAAGAAAAAUGGAAGUUGCUGCAUUGCUGACCUGGGUCUGGCUGUUAAAUUCAAUAGUGAUACAAACGAAGUUGACAUACCCUUGAACACCAGGGUGGGCACCAAGCGCUACAUGGCUCCUGAAGUGCUGGAUGAAAGCCUGAAUAAGAACCAUUUCCAGCCCUACAUCAUGGCUGACAUCUAUAGCUUUGGCUUAAUCAUUUGGGAAAUGGCUCGUCGUUGUAUUACAGGAGGAAUAGUGGAGGAAUACCAAUUACCAUAUUACAACAUGGUGCCCAGUGACCCAUCCUAUGAAGAUAUGCGUGAGGUUGUGUGUGUCAAACGAUUGCGGCCAAUCGUGUCUAACCGCUGGAACAGUGAUGAAUGUCUUCGAGCAGUUUUGAAGCUGAUGUCAGAAUGCUGGGCCCAUAAUCCAGCCUCCAGACUCACAGCUUUGAGAAUCAAGAAGACACUUGCAAAAAUGGUUGAAUCCCAGGAUGUAAAGAUUUGACAGUUAUACAGUUGUAAGGGAGAAUCUAGACUGUAAGAACUUCACCCAAGGAAUGGGUGGGUUAGCAUGGAAUAGGAUGUUGGCUUGAUUUUCAGACUCUUUGCCACAUCUUCACAGGCUGCUAACAAUAAACUUUCAGAACUCUGCGGAAUACAAGAUUUGAACUUCCAAACAUGUCAGUCUUUAUACAUGGACAGGACAACUGUUUUACAGGUUUUAUGAACUACAUCAAGACUCCAAGCCUGAUAAGAAGCCUCUGGUCUAACUCUGGGCACUCAUUCUUCUGUCCAUAAAGUGAUGCUUUCUGUGAAAGCCUUGAGAAAAUUAAUGAACUCAGCAGAGAUGGAGAAAGACAUAUUUGCCUUCUCUCAGAGAAAACAUCUAUUUGCGUUCUAUCUUUGUAAACAGCCUACAGAUUAUGGUCUCUUUGGGAUACUACCUGGUUUAUGAUGGUGCACUAUGCCUUGAUAUGUACACCAGAAUUCCUCUGCUGCCAUGGGGCUUAGAAGAAAAGAAUGUAUGAUUGUGCAGGAGGGUAUUGUGGCUAGCAGGUUAAACAUGCAAUAUCUGAUCAACAUUCGCCAAUCUCAUGGAAGUCAUCUGCCUUGUAUCUGUAUAACCUCUCCACCAACUUUGUUUUCAACAUAACAGUUGUAAAGGCCAAAUGAGUUUAAAGUGUCCAUAAAUUUGGACUAUUUCUCUUCUAUCACCAUUUUGUUUUCUUUUUUGGUAAUUAUUAUUAUUAUUAUUUUUAUAUAUAUAUAUAUAUAUAUAUAUAAAACACCACCUGUCCAGAGUUGAAACUCACCUCUUUAAACCAUUCUUUGGAAGAAAGCACCUCUUGCUGGAGAAGGCCUUGCAGAUUCUGAUAACAGUGUGCAUGCCUGUGGUCAAAUUCUGAAGUCUUUGCUCUCAGUAUCUCUUAAAAAGGGAAGUUGUUUACCGUGUGUAAUGUGCUUUUAUUUUCAAAACCUACAUAAUCGUCUUUCUAGCCAUAUUUUCCUUGCAUACUGAACUCUGUUCCAAACAGCUCACAUGGAUCUUAUCCAUAAUGGGGAAAUGUUUUAAAGUAGAACCAUGUGUGAAUUUCAGAAUUCAUGCAUUUAAAAACUUUAGUCAAAAAAGUUCACUAAGAUAUUGCCUCAUUCUUUUAUGAAGGAUGUCAGCUAAUAUAAAUUUGUCAGUAACUGGUAAAUGUAUUUUAUAUAUCUAAAUCUUUAGAAAUUUGCUUUUUACAGUUUCUGAUCCCUAACUUAUGAAGACAAAAGAAUCAAGCAGAAGUGUCCAGUAUCUGGUCACUACCCAUAUAUACACUGAACCGCUGAAAUAAAAUGAUGCUUUCUUUUUUUUUUUUUUUUUAAAUAGAGGGCUUGUUCUCUCAAAGAACAGUUCUGGUUAAAUCUUACAUGCCGAUAUUAUAUUAUUUAAAUGUUUAUUCGGCGCAAACAAGCCAGGAGAGGAUCAAGUGACAUUGUCUCUUUGAAACAUAAAUUAAAGAUGAUUGCAUUAUAACAUAGUCAACCAUUUUAAUUUAAAUGGGAGGCUGUCCAUCUAUUCAUUUAUAACUAAAUAUAAUACACAAAUUCCACAAAUUUGAGACUCGCUUUGACUAUUUAAUGCGUUUCAUUUAGUGUAACCAAAUCCUGAAAACACAUAGGAAAUUUGAACUACUUAAGCCAAGUUAACCUGGAUAUAUUUUUGCCUGAAUAAACUAAGUCUUAAAAAUCAUUAACAUUGGGCUGGAGAGAUGGCUCAGUGGUUAAGAGCAUUGCCUCCUCUUCCAAAGGUCCUGAGUUCAAUUCCCAGCAACCACAUGGUGUCUCACAACCAUCUGUAAAGAGGUCUGGCGCCCUCUUCUGGCCUUCAGAAUAUUGUAUACAUAAUAAAUAAAUAAAUAUUUUAAAAAAUCAUUAACAUCUUGAUGAUAUACCUAACGAAUGGCAAACUUCAUUCUUAGACAUGCUUAAAUGGUGUGUGGAGGCCGCUGUAUAAUGAUUCUUUUCUGAUUAGCUUGGUCUGAGGACAGGGGGCUACCAGGAAUUAAUCCUAAGGCUGAUAGUGAGUACUGGAGUCACUGCCUUCCCAAACUGCCUCUCAGUACUCGUUAGAAACAGUAACAUUCUUUAAAGGCCAAAUGCUGCUAUAGGCCGUACGUAGAACCCUAAUGUCUAAAGUUGCAUUAAACUUAUUCUUUUCCUCUCCUUCCUCUUACUCUUAAAUUUGAAAUUUAAGCCUGGAGAGAUGGCUCUGAGGUUAAGAGCACUGGCUGCUCUUCCAGAGAUCCUGAGUUCAGUUCCCAGCAACCACAUAGUGGCUCACAACCAUCUGUAAUGAGAUCUGGUGCCCUCUUCUGCUAUGCAAGCAUACAUGCAGGUAGAACUCUGUAUACAUAAUAAAUAAAGCAUUUAAAAAUAUGGGAAAUUCAGUGAAAUAUUUGAAGACUAUAUCAGCCCUUGGGGUCAGUGAGAAGGCUCCUUGGGUAAAGGCACUUCUGCCAAGCUGCCACCUGCAGUGUAGUCUCUGGGUCACAUGCGAAAGGAGAGAACCAGCUAUUCCAUAAUUGUCUUCUGACAUCCACACACUCUUUGGCAUGCAUCCCCCGCAUGCACCCCCCCCACACACACAUAAUGCACUCCACAUAAGUGUAAUUUAAAACAAAAAGUAUAAACAACUGGUUAAAAAAGUACUAUGUAGUUAGUAAUUAAUAACUUUAGUAAUUAAUAACUUGUAAAAAUCUGCAAACUCAUUUGGUCCCACUUUGAAUCUAGAGUUUAAAAAUAUGGCUAACAUCAGCAAUCCUUAUAAAUCAUAAUAUUAUAAAAGCCCAAACCCAACUACCUAAAUACAUAUCAAAUGAUCCAGGAAGAUAUCACGAGUGGUUUGUAUGGUCAGGUGUUGCAGGGGUACUGAGCAGGUAAAGAUUUGUCCCAGCUUGACUGUCUGAGGCUUCUGCGGCACUGAGAACUGAUUUCUCUGGAAAUAUUGUAACAAAAGGUAUUUUAGCAUGUUAUGUUAUCCUUCCCGUGUCCAUAAGCGUUUCUCAGCCUGUAAAGCUCUUGUCCUGGAAUGUGCUGGGUUUCAGCCAUUCGUUCUAAUGUUAUUCCAUCCUUUUUUCUUUUUAGAUGUUUUUCCUUAUUUAGAAUAAAAAGACAGUAAUUUUUCAAGAACCAUGCAUCUCUGAUUUGGCCCAAUACAAGUUGUUGGAUAUUGUCUCUUCCAAGGCAGGUUUUCUAAGUGAAAACCUUGUCUUUUCCAGAUAUGCGUUGUUUUGAAAUGUCUCCAGAUGUCUAAGAUAAUUUCAACAGAAGUUUAAUUCAUGUUGAAAGAAAGGUUAUGUAGCCCUUGUGGUAACAACACAAAUUGAGUCAGAUAUUAAGCAGUGACGGUUUGCUCUCCUCCUGGCUGUGAGGGGGUGGAGACUAGGCAAGCAGAUCUUGUUCCUCUGGUGAAGUGUGUGAAUCUGCAGGAAUGACCAUCCCAUAAGGAAAGCUUAUGAAUAUGGCUUUUGCAAAGAAUUAGACAUAAUACUGUAAUUUUAGGUUGUGCUCUGUAUUCUUUCAGUGGGAUUAUUUAAGCUCUUUAGUGACCUUUGUUCUUCCCACUUAAAAGCUAAUAUGUAGUAUAUAUUGUAUAAAAUGAAAAUAUUAUAGCUUAGGGAAACUGUACAUAAGGCAUUGACUGGUUAAAUGGAGGCAUUUUUAAUAUGCAAUUGUAAAACACCAAAAAUAUAGAUUCAUCUUUGAUAUG